AUGAUCAAGCAUGGGAUAGAGAGAAAGUUGAUCGAGCAGAAAGUAACGUUCAUGAACGGGCUGAGACCAGAAUGGAUGGUUGUGGUUUCCACAGUGAAGACGCAUGAACAAUUCAAAUCAUACUCGCUAGCAAAACUAGUUGGUAUACUAAAGUCUCAUGAAAGUGUUGUAACUAAGGAAGCGAAAGUGAUCUCUGGUGUGGGAUCAUUGGCUCUUGUUUCUAAAGGAAAAAGUACUGCAGAAGAAGAAGAAGAGUCAGACAUGUCAGAAUGCGACCUUACAAGUGAGGAGUAUGCCUUGAUGGUCACAAAUCCAAAGAAAUUUCCAAGGAGAAAAUUUCCUGUCAGCAAGAACCGAAACUGGCAGGAAAGUGAUAGUUCUGAAAAGAUGAAGGAUGAACCGAAAACGGAUGAGAAAAGAGAGGGUGAAGAUGAUGAGGCAUAUUAUAUGCGAAAGUUAGAAGAAGUAAAGAAGAAAAAGGCUUCCAACAGCUCGAUGAAUGCCUUAAUCGUACAGGAGAAUGCAAGGGAAGAUGAGUUCGGUGGCGUAGAAGUCUGGUCAACCGAAUCUGAAGACGAGGAGGAAGAUGAAGUUAUAGUAGAAUGUGAAUCAGAGGUGUCCUCUGAAGAGACAUCAAGUUCGUAUAGGCUAGGUUUGGAUAAGAUAGAAACCUUCAUCGAUUCUAAGGAACAUAAGAGUAUGUUAAAAAAUAUCUUAGAUGAAAAUGAUAGGCAAAAGAUAAAAACUGAAACUAUACAAACAUUCGAUUUGUCAAAUGCAAAAAUUGUUCAAGAUAAUAAAAUAAACUUAGAUAAUUCGUCUGAAUUUGAUGUGGAAAGCGAGAUGAGUGAAAUCUUAGUAGAUGAUGAAGUUGAUUGCUCGAAGUUUAUGAAACAUGAAACCGAGAAUGAAAAACAUCUUAUAUCAGAAAACUCUGUUGAGUUUGCUCGUCUGUCAAAAGAACAGAAACCAAAACUCAAGGAAAAGGUCGUGGUCUAUCAAAAGGUUCAGACCGUGCCAAAUCAGGUUUAUGCUAUGACUGGGGUCACUCAAAGGCAAAUGGCAGAAUUAAGAAUCAUAGUUGACGAAGAUAAUGCUGAAGGAUGCGAAGACUAUUUCUGGUCUGCUCCUAUUGACAACGCAGACGAGACUGUGGGACUAUCUGAUAAAACCACAUGGAGAGUCAAAGGUAGAUACAUACCAGAUCCCAUCAACAAACCCUCCAGUUUCGAUAUUCCAAGCUCAAUUGGAACCAAAGAUGUUCCUGAGGAACCAAUGGUGGAACCUGAUGUUCCAAUCAAGAAGGAAGAACCGAAAGUUCAAACUAAGAAGAGCACAGAAUCUAAAAUGAAAGGUAAGACAACUGCAACUCAGAAGGAGAAACCAAAGGCCAACUUCAAUAUUCACAAAUCUCAGAAGGAGCUAGCUGAACAGAAACGCUUGAGAAAUCAUAGAUAUGCCACGAAUUUGAAUGAAAGGAAAAAGCAUUGGAAUUCUCAAAACUCCAACUAUGAGCCUCUCAGGAAAGAAUCCAUGAACAAGGGAAAGGAAACGUUGAAGGAAAAUUUCAGUCCAAAUUCCUACUAUUCCAAAUCCCAGAACCGAAAGUCAUGUCUCGGUCCUGAACCCACUUUUGGUCCUCGACCUGGACUCGGUCCUUGA